CUAACACCAGUAAGCUCUGUUUUGCUGGUUGUCAUAGGAUACUGCAUUUCAACGAUCGUUGGCGUCCCGUGAAACAGCCCACUGUUGCUUUGUUUUUGUUCCGUGAUCGGGUUAUUUGUGAUGCAAGUGCAUGUAGAGUGAAAUUCGUUCAUAUGUGACAACGGCAUGCCGAGAAGUAUGCAUGCCGUCUUAUUGUUAGUGCUAAUGUUGAUAACGCUUCAAGAUGGCAACUCGAACGAGCGCACCCUGAACUACAUGACCAACAGACAGCCGAAGGAAUGUGUCCAGCUGCCGCCUCCGAUAUUAUCGAACAUCCUCGGGCCGGCGUUCAACUCCCGAUAUAUGAGUAUCGACAAGCCUCCCGUCAUGCAAGACGAGUCGGUCAACGGGGAAUCCGAUGGAAAACGGGGUGCAAUCAGCGGACUCUAUCCAUCAUUCUACGUAGACGAAGAUCACCUGGCCGAGCUGGGAAACAAUCCAGCCUGGGCGGUUGACCACGCCAAGGAUACGGCCAAUCCGGUACUGAAGGCCCCGCUGAACAAACGAGAAGCUUUCGACUCUCUGCUGCACGAAAUGGGCAAGGAAAGCCGUUCGACGCGCAGCUUCCGACGAGGUCAAACUGACGGGAGCACUCGACCGUGGGAGUGCGAUGCGAAGAUCCGUUGGGUUGACCUGGGCGCCGGGUACUAUCCACGCUUCCUCCGAACCGUCGAGUGUGCCAAGAGCCGCUGCUGGUAUGGCCAUUACCAGUGUACGCCACGUUCGUUCACGGUGAAGAUGCUCCGCAGACGCACGGGACAGUGCGUUUCGGCCGAUCAGCUGCACAAGAUUGGAGUUGAAGGACUGCCCGGGGAGCUUAGCGAACUGUGGGUCUGGGAGGAACGAGCGGUCAACUUUUGCUGCGAUUGUGCUCCGCGAUUUUAAGUCUCUAGUAUCUCAUCCUGAACCGACGAAAUCAAUAAAGAAACACUGACUUUGAGGAUAUAAUAAAACAAUGUCA